AUGAGGAAACACGCGUGUCGAGAGGUGCGGAGCACAUGCCUCGCAAUGGUCGCCACUGACGCCAAAGCCGCCGCCCGGCGCCCGUUCGAAUUUCGUACUAUCAAACAGCGCGAGCGCCACGGGUACCAGGCGACCAGAGUGCGCAAGGAGAUUAGUGUAGUGCCAAUCAUAGUUCCAAGCGAGUGUGUGACUUAUUUAAGUGUAGAAAGGCCUGCUGUUAAUUAUUUCAAUUCAGCGUACAUAACUUAUAUAAAGCUUAUUUCAAAACGAUAUGGACGUAGCAAUCCAGUUUAUUAUACAUCGUUAUUGUUCGAUGCCCGUGUCUAUUUCGGUAAUAAUGUAACGAUUGAUUUCUACUUCUUCGAAUUCUUGAGCAACAGAUACCAAAGAAGUUUUGUAGAGAUGCAUUUCAAAUUAUGUGAUAUGGUCCAUAAAGAUCCAUUCUUUGGUGCACCGAUGAGGAGAGGAGGAUUGGAGAAACCGUGUCCUUGGUCACCGGGUAAAUAUCAUCUGUAUAACAUGACGGUACCAAGUCAAGCGAUACCUCGUGGGUUUCCGUUCAGAAAGGGUCGUAUCUUUGCCAAUCUAUCAUUCACUUUCCCGAAAGGCAAAAUCCCCUAUACAGGCGCACGACUUGCAUGGCUUCAAAUAGACAUGGAAGUUAGGCAAGCGGAUGUUAAGAAAAUAGGCGUUAAGUUGUGA